AUGUCGCUCGCUGAUCUUGCAUGUGUUUUCACAAUUGCAGCUAUGUUAGAGUUCAAUGAAUCAGGUAGCUCCAACAACGUUAGUCAGAAACUGACAAAGUCCUUGUACUCACUUCCUGAAACAACUAGUAUAGAACAAGUGUUUUUGCACGUUUUAGGAAAUGGUAGUAAUUUGGUGUGCAAAUUACAUCAUCCGCAUGAGGAAAAUAAGCUGCAAAAAAUAUCUGAUGGGAAACUCCAGCCCCAUUAUGAUGAAUUACAAAACAUGACAGAAGCACAAGGAAAAACAAAGGGAAUGGACCCAGCGCUUGUUAACAUAACUCACAGGCUAGAAUCUGAUGGCUCUGUGUACAACUAUGCCUCCGAUUCCAAAGGUGCAAAGGUGGUGGCCCAUAAUAAGGAGGCCAAAGGUGCAACGAAUAUACUGGGUAAGGACCAUGACAAGUACCUCAGAAACCCUUGCUCUGUUGAAGGGAAAUUUGUUGUUAUUGAGCUCUCAGAAGAGACCCUGGUUGAUUCUGUGAAGAUAGCGAACUUUGAGCAUUAUUCUUCCAACUUCAAGGAGUUUGAAUUGGCUGGAAGUUUGAACUAUCCGACUGAAGAAUGGAGCAUGGUGGGAAAAUUUGUUGCUGCCAAUGUCAAGCAUGCACAGGUCUUUAAACUGUCUGAGCCCAAGUGGGUGAGGUAUUUGAAGUUGACCUUGCUUAGUCAUUAUGGAUCUGAAUUUUACUGCACACUGAGUGUUGUAGAAGUUUAUGGGAUCAAUGCAAUAGAGCGGAUGCUUAAGGAUCUAAUCGUGGCUUCUGUGGCAUCUAUUCCUGAUAAGCCUCCUGUGGAUAAUAACAGUGACACCCCUUCUCUGAAAUCAGAAGAUGGUCAAAAUGAUAAAAAUGGAAAGAAAAAUGAUACUAAGAAUGAUACCGUGGCUGCUGAGGUAUCAAGCAAUGAUACCACUGAAGAAUAUGAUGCAGAAAUGGUAAAAAUAACAACGACCGCAAAAUUGAAUACAGAUCCUGUAAUAGAACUUAGACAACAGCUGAAUGGUAGGGUGGCUGGUGACACUGUUCUGAAGAUUUUGAUGAAGAAAGUGAGGUCAGUAGAAGUUAACUUAUCAGCCCUUGAGGAUUACCUCAAAGAAUUAAACAAAAGACAAGGUGCAAAAAUACCGGAUCUUGAGAAACAGUUGUCCAGACUAUCAGAAAGUCUUGGACAAAGCAAGUCAGAUAUUAGAGAUCUCUCGGACUGGAACACAAAUUUGGUGGGUAACCCUAUGCCGCAGUGCCUAUUCAUCUUUCUAUUUCUCACCAUGUCUUUCUUUAACCAGGAAAAAGGAAUAUCUGAGGUUGAGUCUUGGAAAGACGCUGUCUCAUCUCAGCUUAACGAAUUAGCCAGAGAAAACAGCAUGCUAAGAUUAGAUGUUCGAAAGAUUGCAAGAAAUCAAGCAAAUAUGGAAACCAAAGAACUUGCUGUCUUUACAACGAGUCUUGUUUUCGUGUGCCUUGCAGUUCUCAAGAUAGUUUCGAUACACAUGUUGACGUUUUCUGCAUCAUCUGCGAAUAAGGUGCGCCAGACAAUUAGAGGAUGGGUUACGUUACUUGUAUGCUGUAGUGUAACAAUAUUCAUUAUCUUGUUUAAUAGCUAGGCAUUCGCUCGUGCUGUAUAGACUUGGAUCAUUGUAGAAACUUGUUCUAUAUAUAGUUACUGUUAAAAGUUGUCACGUAGUAAACCCUUUCUUGUUACUGCACUGCAG